AUGAAGGCAGCUCCUGACGCCUGCUGCUCCCAGAAGCCAGAAGCUGCCCUGAUGAUGGAUCGCCUCCAGCUGAAGGGAGUCUUCCUCUUCUUGGUCCUGACUGCUGCAGAGAACCUCACAGAACCUCACAGGCCUGAUUCUGGAUGGGACUGGAUCCAGCCUAAAUCGGAGCCUUCUUACCUGCUGCUGACUCCCACGGCUCUCAGAACCGGACUCCCCACCUCAGUGGCGGUCACCGUUCUGGGCUCCUCCUCCGUCACCGUCUCUGCUGAGAUCUACCAGGAACGAGGAGGAGUUCUGUCCAAGAACUCCACCGUCGUUAAAGGAGGAACCACAGCUCAGCUGACUCUGCCUGCUAUCAAAGAAGCCGAAUCUGGUGCCAGAAGCUCCUACACCCUAAAGGUCAAAGGCCACAGAGGUUCGGUCCAGAUCUUCUCCAACUCCACGCAGCUGCAGGUCCAGCCUGGAGGCGUGUCCACCUUCAUCCAGACCGACAAACGAUCCUACCAGCCGGGUCAGGCGGUGAAGAUCAGAGCCGUGUCGGUUCUGCCUGACGGGAAGCCCUGUGUCGGGCCAGCAGACAUCCUGAUCCGGGAUCCCAGAGGAAACCUGGUCAGACAGUGGUUGGACGAGGUUGCCGUCCUCGGUGUGGUGUCCACGGAGUUCCAGCUGUCUGAGAACCCUCCUCUAGGGGAGUGGAGCAUCAUUGCUACCGUGAAGGGCGUUUCCACGGAGAAGUCUUUCAGCGUGGAUCAUUAUGUUCUGCCAAAGUUUGAGGUAGUGAUCAAAGCUCCGGAUGUGAUCCAUUGGGAGGACAAUCUGAAAGGCUUCGUCUCGGCCAGGUACUGGUAUGGCAAACCCGUCCACGGACACAUGAACAUCACAGUCAGUCUUCACUCCCAUGGCAACGUUUAUAGUCACAGCAAGGAGGGGGAGAUCCAUGGGUCCGAAAAGUUCAUGUUUGAUGCUGUCGACUUUCCUCUAGACUGGGAAUGGAUGAUGAUGAUAUUCUAUGAAGAAAGCCGGGUCUACCUGACCAUCCAGGUGUCUGUGACCGAAUACCUGACGGGUCUCACGUAUAACAACACAGCGACGGUCGCUUUGGCAACAGAGAGAUACCACAUUAGUUUUGAAGACUUUCCUAAAGUCCUGAGACCAUCUUUAAACUUCAACGGCAGGCUGAAAAUAUCUUCCUAUAAUGGUGAUCCACUGACGGCGAAGGAUCAGGAGAAGAUGGUCAAAGUUUCGGUGAUGCAGAAACAGAAAGAGAAGGAUGAUAUGAAGGACAUGGAGUUCCCUUUGCCAGCAGACGGAGUCCUUCCUCUGAACAUCCAAGUCCUGAAUGACACACAAUAUCUCACUAUUGCAGUUUCUUUAGAGGAUUGUUACAAGGAUCUUUUCAUCGACACAAGCUACACCUCCCCGAGUCAUUCCUACCUCCGUAUUCAUAAAGCCAACAGACCUGCAGAGGUUGGUUCAAGCCUUCGGCUGAAGAUUGAGAGCAACUUUCCUCUCACUGAUGUUCAUUAUCUGGUGACGUCCAGAGGUCAGGUGGUUUCUGCUGGGAGAAGCUCAGGUUAUCUAACUCUGGUCCCUGAGGUCUCCUGGGCUCCCAUGGCUAAGAUCAUUGUUUACUGUGUUCAUCUGAGUGGAGAGGUCAUCAAUGACGUGAUCCACCUGCCCAUCGCCCGCUUUCUACAGAACAAGGUGUCUCUGAGGUGGAGCAGUGAAAAGCUGCAGCCUGCUGAUGACGUUGCCCUGCAGGUGUCAGUGGAAGAGCCCGACUCAUUGGUCGGAAUCCUGGUGGUUGACAAGGCAACGCGCUGGGCAGGAUGCCACAACGACAUCACCAUGGAGACGCAUCCCCCCACCUGGCCCGGCCUCCGCCUUGUAAUGCCCCAAGGCCCGGGGGGUUUUCUGGGAGUCACAGAGAAACCAGCAGAGCUCACAGUGUUUCAGGACUUCUUCCUGUCCCUCAACCUUCCUGCCUGCGUUACCCGGGGAGAGGAGCUGGUGCUGGAGGUGGUUCUGUUCAACUACCUCCAAGAGGACCUGGAGGUCGCUGUGAUCGUGGCAGAGAGCGACAGCUUUGAAUUCGUCUUCCCGGACAACGAGGCCGUCUCCAUGGCCAGCGUCCGUCACGUCUACGUGGAGAGGGAGGGCGGGGCCACCGUUCUGAUCCCCAUCAGGCCUCAGGUCCUCGGGAACAUCCCCAUCUCUGUGAAGGCCAUGUCCUCUGCGGCGUCUGACCACAUCCACACCACCGUCCUGGUUAAGGCUGAAGGAGUCCCGCAGACCUUCUCCUCCUCGAUGCUCUUCCAUCUUUCUGCAGACCAGACCAGCCUCUCCAGGGAUGUCCGCUUCUCCUUCCCACCAGGUGUGGUGGAGGGCAGCGAGCGCGUCUCGUUGACGGCCAUCGGUGACAUCCUGGGGCCCUCCAUCAGUGGUCUGGACUCGUUGAUCCAGAUGCCGUAUGGCUGUGGGGAGCAGAACAUGAUCCACUUCGCUCCAAACAUCUACGUCCUGCAGUACCUGAUCGCCACGGGCCAGGUGGACCCAGACCUGACACGGCGAGCCACAGACUACAUGAUUAAAGGUUAUGAGCAGCAGCUGUCCUAUCAGAGAGCAGACGGCUCCUUCAGCGCGUUCGGAGAGCAGGAUUCAUCCGGCAGCACCUGGCUGUCUGCGUUUGUGCUGCGCUGUUUCCUGCAGGCCAGGCCGUUCAUCAGCAUGGAUGACCAUGUUCUACAGAGCGCAGCGGCUUGGGUCGCCAUGCAGCAGGGAGCAGACGGCAGGAUGCUUGAGCCCGGCAGGGUUAUCCACACCGAGCUCCAGGGAGGUCUGGAUGGGCCCGUUUCCCUGACGUCCUACGUCCUUAUCGCCCUGUUGGAGGAUGAUGUUGUCAGGGCUCGCUACGAUUCACAGGUUACUGCCGCCCGGUUCUACCUGGAGGCUCGUUUGGCUCAAGGUGUUUCCAGUAACUACAGCCUCGGCCUCCUCACCUAUGCCCUGGCUCUGGCAGGAAGUCCCGCCUCCCUCACAGCAUUGAACCAGCUGAUUGGACGAGCUGAGAUCAGGGACGGCGUGCCGAUGUGGUCGUCCGCUGACCGGAGCCUGUCGUCGUCAUGGCAGCCACGCUCUGCAAACAUUGAGAUGGUGUCCUAUGUGCUGCUUUCUCUCCACAAACUGAAUCAGGUCCCUGAUGGUCUGAGCCUCAUGAAGUGGCUCAGCCAGCAGAGGAACCACCUGGGAGGAUACGGCAGCACUCAGGACACGGUGGUGGCUCUGCAGGCGUUGUCCACAUUCGCCCCCCUGGGAAUAUCUCAUCACCAUGACAUAAACAUCAGAGUGGCUAACAGAGACUCAGACAGCGUUGCCUCCUUCCACAUCAACAAGGACAACUUCCUGCUCCUUCAGAGUCAGCAGGUUGUUCCAGAAGCUGAGCUGGAUCUAAAGGUGGUGGCAAAAGGUCAAGGACUGGCUCUGUUCCAGCUGAACGUGUUUUACAACAUCAGGACGGAGGAGCUGAUGAGGAAGAGACGGGACACGCAUGAAGAUGAGGCCUUCCAUCUAUAUGUGGAUCUGUUUGACUCGGAGGAGAACCACGCCAGUCUGCACGUAUGCAGCAGUCUGUCCCACCAUCUGGACCUGAAUGAGACAGGGAUGGUUCUGAUGGAGGUGGGUCUGCUCAGCGGCUUCAGCCUGCGUCCCGACCUCAUCGAACUGGACGGCGCCUUAAAAAAAGUGGAGACGCAGCCGGGGAAGGUGGUCCUGUACCUGGACUCUGUCACGACUCACGAGACGUGCGUGUCGAUUCCUCUGAUCCUGGAGUUUAUGGUGGCUAAAGUCCAGGAGGCCACCGUCACCAUCUAUGACUACUAUGAACCCAGACGGAGGGCAAUGAAGUCGUACAAAUCGUCUUGGAGGAGCACGGCGUCCACCUGCUCCUUCUGUGGAGAAGACUGCAGCCAGUGCCGAGCAAACAACGACUUCGAUCUGAACGCUGCGCCGCGCCGCCACUUCCUGCUGAGCUGCUUCCUGCCUCCUCUGCUGCUCCUCUUCAUCAUCUUCAGCGUUUAAACAUGGCCAGAACGUUAGUUUGCAAUUACCUCCUGCAGUUGGGAGGAAUAAAAUGUUAGAGUUAGAGGAAACUACUGAUGGGAAAAAUAAAUGUGAGAUUUUGA